AUGACUCUAUCGGAGGACGUCAACUGGAUAUCGUUUCACUCUGGCUACGAUUUCGCAUACAUGCUGAAGAUGCUCACCUCGAAAUCACUACCCGAAGACGAGGACACAUACCGCAAGCUCGUCAAUGUCUUCUUCCCCAAGUUACUGGAUGUCAAAUACCUCUGGCGGCAUGCAAAUAAUCUCGUCAGGCGCGGUGUUAUCGGAUCAACUGCGACCAACAUACUCAAUAACCUGGGCACAAAAUCAGGCCUCCAAGACCUCGCCGAUGAACUCGGCUGCCAACGCGUAGGCAACUCACAUACAGCAGGCUCCGACGCAUGGCUAACAGGUGUGGUCUUUUGGGAGAUGAAGAAGAAGAUCUUUGACGGAAUAGUUCCUGACGAGAUGAGCGGCCACAUGUGGGGUCUUACCGGCGUUGGACCGCCAGCCAGUGCGACGGCGCAGGCUGCUGUUCUCGCCGCACAGGGUGCUUCACAGGGUCUGACAGGCUUCCAGCAAGGUGUCAACAACACUUUCUAUCCCGGCAACGCAAGGCAUGGUGUCGACGGACCGAGUACGCCCACAAACCACCCAGCUGGUCUCGCAUCAAAUACCCCUGGACCGACAGGCAUGAUGACACCAGGAGCAUAUGGCGGAUAUGGCAACAAGUAG